AAUCAUUUUAGAUGAGCGAAAAUGAUGCGAAUUUGGGAUUACUAUCCAAUAAAUCUAAUGCUAAAUAUAAAGAACCGAAGAAGAACAGCGAUGAUUUUGAAAUUUAGGAUUACGGAGAUGAUUAGGAAUACGUCUCUUUAGAUGAUGCUAGUAAACUUGAUUUUAUUACUUCUUAGAAGUACAACAUGCUGAAGUUAUUUAACCAAAAUAAAUCGAAUAACCGAUCACUCCUCCUUAAAAUAACAUAUAAAGUUAGCCAGAGCUUUAAAAAAAUUAGAAUUAAUAAUAGACUUAGCAACAGAACUAAUUUACCCCACAGUAAUAAAUUCAGCACCCUUAAAUUUAAUAACAAUAAUAAUAACAAGUGCCUAUUAACUAGUACCAAGUAUUUCAAAUUUACAUAAUAUAGAAUUAGUAUAGUUAAUAUCAAUAUACUCCAUAUCAAAAUUAAUAAUAUUCUUAUCAAUAGAACUAGUAAUACAAUCCAGUUUCAAAUGUAUUCCAAUAAACAGCCGUCCUGAUUGACAGGAGUUUCAAUCAAAGAACGUAAUUAUUAUUUCAACAAAAAGACAAACCUAUUAAACUUGCAUGCAUUGUAAGACUCCCUAGAUGAUAUAAGAUGAAAAAUAACCAUUUAUGUGCUUUAGAUGCUAACAAAUUAAUAAGCCUAAUUUUGGUUAUUUUCAAUGCGGCUCAUGUAAAAUUACAGUCAUGUACCAAUCCGGAUGUAAUAUCUCACUAUUUAAUUAGUAUCUAAUUUAAUUAGAUGCACAAAAUGCCAAACUAUGAAUUAUGUCUAACAGCCUAACCUUCCAAAUACAUUAUAAUAAUAUCAAUAGUCAUAAUAAUAGUAGAAUUUACUAUAAUAACAACAACAAUAGCAAUUUAAUAUUUCAAAUUCUUAAUUGUUCUAAUCCUAAAAUUAAUAGGCAAAUUAAUAACAGUUAUCUGAGUAUUCAUAAUACUAACAGCCCAAUAAGGAAUAAAAGACUAUUGCCAGAAACUAGGUUGAUCCAAUGUAUCAGGAAAAAUGA